AUGACGCGCAGCUGCGACGUAGCCAGGGGGCCGUCGUCGCCCCACCGGUGCCUGAUGCAUCCAGCGGCGCUGAGGCCAGUCUGGCACGCCGCCAAAUUCACCAGCUCCACUACCGGUGGAGAUGCUGUUGGCUUUACACAACAUUUAAUAAUAAUGGCUGAGGAUACAUGUAGUACUGCUGAUUCUGAAGAAAUUAAACAAAUAACAAGUUCCAUGGCACAGCAUCUUGGUUAUCACAAAUGGCUUGAUGAGAAUCUUGAUAACAGUAGCAAUUUGUGUCAGAUUCAUAGAGUACAUCAGCUUGUUCGUCAAAUUGAUAGGUUUGCUUAUGAACCAUCUGUUCUGUCCAUUGGUCCAUAUCAUCAUAGUAAUGACAAUUUACAGUUUAUGGAGAAGAUGAAAUGGAGGUGUUUGGAUUAUGUUCUUAAUCUGAAUUGCACAAAGAGUAUGCGAGACUACCUACUGGCUAUUAGGAACAUAGAACGUCAAGCAAGAGCAUAUUACUCUGAUGAAAUUUAUUUGGACAGUAAAAGCUUCAGGCGGAUGCUCUUGCUAGACGGAUGCCUUAUACUUGUCUAUCUUGGAGGCACACAUGGAGUUUCACGAAUAACUGAAGAAGCUCCUGGAUGCAGUAUCAUCUCUGAUGAUAACAUCAAUGGAACAGGAUGCGUACAGCAAGCGAAAGGAUCUCUAGGAAACAGUCCGAAACAGAAUCUGGUUACGCAUGAGAUAGGUCCAGAAAUAGUUGAUGGUGUCAGAGUGAGUUCAGAAAUAGAAGUUUCCAGUAGUUGCAGUGAAAACUCUGGAGUGCCAUGGUACCACAAUUUCGCACUUGUCGAUUUGUUCCUCCUUGAAAAUCAAAUUCCAUUUUUUGUUGUUAGGAAACUACAUGGGGUCCUUGUGGAUUCAGAUGAGAAGACACUCACAGAAAGUGUUUCUAAUUACAUUGAGGAAAAUCUGCAGUUACUUAACAAUAACCGUAGGCAUGGACACGAUGGAUGGAGUUCAUCACAAAAUCAGAAAUUAGAAUUCUUACAAGGUGGACAGAGUACUCAAUCGUUGCUUGAUGUGACAUUUAGCGAUGGUGUACUGGAAAUUCCAUGCAUAUUUGUAGAUGACCGAACAGGCUCACUUUUCAGGAACAUGCUAGCAUUUGAGCAGACUAAUCCUCAUUUUGCUACUCAGUAG